AUGACUGAUAAUGUAAAAUCAUGCAUUGCCAUUUCCCAAAUAGAUGACUUUUGUACAAAGUAUUCAAUUAACUCAAAAAAAUUAUUUCCAUAUUCAAGGUAUAGUAAUGUAUAUUCACUACUUGAAAUAUGUUGCUAUUAUGGGGCUGUUGAUUGUUUUAAAUAUUUUAGAACAGAAUUCAAUUUACCAAUCACCGAUUGCUGUCUUGCAUUUUCAUUUUUAAGCGGGAAACCAGAUAUAUUGAAUGAAUGUUUAAAAUACGAGCGGCCAGGUGAAAAAUGUCUGAAAUAUGCAAUUGCUUCUCAUAAUAUUGAUUUUGUUACAUUUUUAUUGAAUGAACACAAAAUAAUUUUAUGGAACUUGUGUAAGUACGUAAUUGAAUUUAAUAAUUUCCAAGCCUUCUUAGUUUAUACUAAUCGCUCAGAUUCUAUAGAAAAAUGUUAUAAUGAUUCACUACAUUUUAAUAGCCCUUCACUAUGCCAAUAUAUUCUUUCAUUAGGAGUUGAUAUCAAUGCUAAAUUAGGAUAUAAUGAAGAGACCGCAUUGCACAUUGCUUAUAAAAAAUGUCGUAUGGAAAUAUUGGAAUUCCUUAUUUUACUUGGGGCUAACAUCAAUGCAAAACUCAAAUACCAUGGGGGAACAGUCCUUCAUAUGGCAGUUCAAGAUAAUAGAAAGGAUAAAGUUGAGUUUUUUAUUGCGCAUGGAGCUGAUAUCGAAUCGAAAGAUGUACCAGAUGGGAGAACAUCACUUCAUUUAGCAGUGCAAGACAAUAACAAAGAUAUGAUUGAAUUACUAUUAUUGCAUGGUGCCAAAAUCAAUGCAAGAAUUAAAGAAUCAUGGAAAACAGCUAUUCACAUAGCAGUACAAAAUAAUAGAAAGGAUAUCGUAGAAUUUUUGUUACAGCAUGGUGCUAAUAUUAAUUUUAGAGAUUAUGAUAAGAAAUCUGCUCUUCAUAUUGCAGUUGAAAACGAUAAUAUCGAAAUGGUUCAAUUUCUUAUUUCAAAUGGUGCUGAUAUUAGAGCUAAAAAUAUCGGUGGAGAUGAUUUGCUUCACGUUGCAAUUCAGAAUAAUUCUGUAAAAACGGCAAAAUAUCUAAUUUCAAAAGGAAUUGAUAUUAAUACAAGAGAUGGUUUCGGUAAAAGAACACCGCUUCAACAUGCUGUUUGGAUCGAAAGUAUAGAGCUAGUGGAACUGUUGUUAUCACUUGGUUCUGAUAUCAACGUAAAUGAAGAUGGUUUAACACUCCUUCAUUUUGCUGCAAUCACUAACAAAAAUAAAGAAAUCACAGAGAUUCUCAUUCGGCAUGGUUUGGAUAUAAAUGCAAAAUGUGAAAAUGGAAUGACUCCAUUACUUGUUGCUACGAAAGUAAAUAAUACAGAAGUUUCUAAAGCUCUUAUUCUUACUGGUGCGGAUAUCAAUUCGAAAAAUAGUCGCAAUAAUAAAACAGCUCUUCACUAUUCUUCUGCAAAUAAUAAUACAGAAAUUGUUGAACUCUUACUGACUGGUUAUAUUGAUAUCAAUGCAAAAGAUAGUAAAGAAAUGACGGCACUUCUUUUUGCUGCACUUAAUAAGAAUGCCGAAAUGGUAGAACUUCUAGUAUCACAUGGUGCCGAUAUGUAUGCGAGAAGGAAAUAUUUUGGAACUACUCCUCUUCAUAUUGCAGCCCAAUUGAAUGACAUAAAAACAAUAGAAACACUUAUUUAUCAUGGAGUGGAUAUCAAUUUUAAAGACUAUUCAGAAUUCACAGCACUUCAUUAUGCAGUAAAAAUGUUUCAUAAAGAAUCGAUGGAAUCCUUAAUUUUGCAUGGAGCAAAUAUCAAUGUAAGAGACAAUAAAGGAGAGAGUCCACUUCAUUACACAAUUGAGCAACGGAAUAAAGAUACACUUGAAUAUCUUGUUUUGCAUGGUGCAGAUAUAACUGCAAGAGACAAUAAAGGGAAAACAGCCCUGCAUUAUUCUUCAAAGUGGUAUGGAGGUAUUAAAAAUAUGGAAUUUCUUGUAUUGCAUGGAGCUGAUAUAACUGCAAAAGACAAUAAAGGAAAAACUGCACUGCAUUAUUCAGCAAGUCGUAGCGAUUCAAAAAGCAAUUUUCUUAUUUUGCAUGGCGCUGAUAUCACUGCAAGAGACAAUGAAGGGAAAACUGUGCUGCAUUAUGCAGCAUGCCAUUCUGAAAAUAAAAUAAUGAAUUAUCUUAUUUUGCAUGGUGUUGAUAUCAAUGCAAGAGACAAUGAAGGACUAACUGCACUGCAUUAUUCAGUACAGCCAUGGGGAAAUGAAGCUAUGGAAUUUCUUGUUUUGCAUGGUGCUGAUAUAAAUGCAAAAGACAGUAAAGGAAAAACCGCCCUACAUUAUGCAAUAAGCAGAAGUGAUUCAAAAAGUGACUUUCUUGUUUUGCAUGGUGCUGAUAUCAAUAUUAAAGAUAAUGAAGGCAAGACUCCUUUAUGCAAUGCAUCUAAAGAUUAUAUGAAACAUAUUGGAAAUCUCAUGAAUUCACAUAAUAUGUUGAAUUAA